CUUCAGAAUAAUGCAUUUCAUUUUGAAGUCUACAUUGCAAACAAAUAUUUAUUUUGUACAGUAUUAAAGCUGUAGGAUAUAGACUACAUACGAAUGUACAUUGCUUAUGUAACUAUCUAUGUGUAUACAUUGAUUAUGUUUGUACUAUGAAGUUUAAGUAUAUCAAAGAACAAAGUAAUGGCUGAUACACAGUUGUUAAGAUAGCAAUAAAAUUUGCAUAAGGUUACACUUGAAUACAUACGUAUUACGUAUACGUUUUGUUCGAUUCACAUGCAGGAAUUAACCUAACGCGAGAUAUUAUUUAAUUGAUUAAAGUUUCAUAGCGUUAACUCACAAAAUUACUAUAGAUAACCCCGUACGGGUGUAACCGUGUCAAAAUAAUUUCUUGAAAUUCAAGUUUUUCCAAAGGCAGGAAUACGAUUUUCUACACACUCAUGAUAUCUAUAGCUUUAUCAUUAAAUAUGUUAUUUGUACUUUUUAUUUGCGAACUAUUGUGCGUAAUCGUAGCUGUACCCAUUUUAUUUGUAACGUGGAAAAAAGUAUACUCUAAAAGGCGAACGGAAAGAUCUCAUAAAGGAACUGUCGUUGGCAUCUUCCAUCCGUAUUGUAAUUCGGGUGGUGGUGGUGAAAGAGUACUUUGGGCUGCAGUUAGAGCCAUACAAACUAGAUAUCCAGAUGUACAUAUUGUGAUUUAUACGGGAGACCUUGAUGCGGAUCCAGAACAAAUUAUCAAUAAAGCAGAAACAGUGUUCAAUUUUAAAAUUGAGAGAAAGUUGGAAUUUGUUUAUUUACAUAAACGCAAAUGGGUGGAAGCUACGAUGUAUCCAUAUUUUACCCUUUUGGGUCAAAGCUUAGGAUCAAUUUGGUUAGGCAUCGAAGCUUUAAAUAGCUACGUACCAGAUAUUUACAUCGAUACAAUGGGUUAUGCAUUUACGUAUCCAUUAUUCAGAUAUAUCGGAGGAUGUAGAGUAGCAACGUACACGCAUUAUCCUACAAUUUCAACCGAUAUGUUACGGCAUAUUUACAGAAGAGUUAUUUCCCAUAAUAACAGACGAAUUAUAGCUAGAAAUCCAUUUCUGUCAGCAGCUAAAAUCGCUUACUACAAAUUGUUUGCGUUUAUUUAUGGAUGGGCUGGCAGUAGCGCCGAAAUUAUCAUGGUUAAUUCUUCUUGGACGGAGGAUCACAUUAACGCAAUUUGGAAGUGUCCACUAAAAACUCAUAGGAUCUAUCCACCGUGCGACGUGAAACACUUAACAGAAUUAAAGCUUUUUAACGAGGACGAUAAAAGCGAUACUAUUCGUAUAGUUUCAGUUGCACAAUUCAGGCCAGAAAAAAAUCAUCCAUUAAUGCUGAGAGCGAUGUACGAACUUAGAUCAAUUGUUAAAGAAGAAAUUUGGGAUAAGAUUCGCCUAAUCCUUAUUGGAUCUUGCCGAAAUGUGGAAGACGAAGUACGUGUUAAAGACAUGCAGGAUUUAUCGAAACAUUUUGCAUUAGACGAAAACGUGGAAUUUAAAUUAAAUAUACCAUAUUCCGAGCUCGUAUCGGAACUUCAAAGGGCAACGAUAGGAUUACAUACUAUGUGGAAUGAACAUUUUGGUAUCAGCGUAGUUGAAUGUAUGGCUGCAGGAUUAAUUGUUGUGGCUCAUGCUUCUGGAGGACCAAGAGCUGAUAUAAUUGAAACUCAACCAGGGUCGCAAAAUGGUUUCUUGGCUGAAGAAGCUGAAGAGUAUGCAACGAUUAUGGCACAUAUCAUUGGUAUGCAUCCAGAAGACAGAAACGCCAUUAAAAUGACAGCCAGAGCAUCCGUAAGCCGGUUUUCAGAUGAGGUAUUUGAAAGAGAAUUUUUACGAACGAUAGAACCAUUUUUUCGACAAAAACAGGAAUGAAUUGUAUGAAAAAUGAUUUUUGAUCAACCAAUGUGUUAAUAAUAAUAAGUUUCUUUUUUUCUUUUUUAUAAAAUGUAUUUAUUAAUCGUUUUAUAAAACUUCAGAAAUUCGUAAAUGUAAAUUAUUCGAGUUUCAUUGCCAAAGAAAAGCUCGAAAGAAAAAUAUUGAGUAUCUUAAUAUUAACCCUUUUGGCACUCCGAUCCCCAUCCUCGGUAGACAUAAAAAAAGCUGCUCGGAAUUGUGGCAUUUUCAAAAUUACAAAUCUUUUUUACCAUAUAAUCUCGUGUUAUAUUCUAUUUAAAUAUAUUUAUUAUUUUUCCAACGUUAUAUCAUUUAAUAUUAUACUUGAAGAUCUUAUACGCAUAUGUACUUACUACUUCACGAAUAAAUACGUUCGAGUUGAUAGUGAUUUGUAAAAAUUCUCUGAGCGCAAAGGGUUAAGUGCAUACACUCGAACAGUAUAAUAUAUGUACAUAGAUAUCGUCCGCGCGUAUGCACAAUGCGGACACAUCGCCUGAAAACAUUAAUUAUGGCAAAAUUGGGGCAUGAAAGACUAAGCCAGGGGCACAGAACUGUUUAGGAGAAUCUGUUGUUGUUGCAUCGAUAUCGUGGAAGAAAAUCAAAAUAUAAUUAGUUAACAUAAAUGUCAACGAUACUUUAAGGAGCAUUUAAUUACAGUUUCACAGUCGUCAGUUGUUUCUGUACACGCUAUCGACACAAUAGAUUCUCCGGAACAAUUCCGUAUCCUCGUAUGGAAUGUAUUUCUCUCAGAAUUAUUUUUAAGGAGACUGCGCUACAAUUACAAUAUAAAAAGAAACGUACAACAUUUA